AUGACUAAGUAUCGAGCUGGAAUAUGGAGCGAAAGCGGAGUUUUCGCAUUUUUUUGGUCAACAGAUGGAACUUAUAGGGAUACCAACCCUUGUAGGAUCAAAAGACCUCAAACUUAUGUAGCGUCAACUUGGUCUUGGGCAUCAAUUUCAUUGGAAUAUAAGGUGAACAAUGAGAACGUUGUACGGUGGCUCAUGUGGAAGACGUCCAAGCUGGACGACCGGAAACAGCUACAAGAUCAUCUUUUCGAAAUUGAAGAUAUCACCUGUACAGUGGAGGGAGACAGUCCAGGUCUUUCUACGAUGUAUUAUUCGGAGAGAGAUCUGGAUGUCGAUGGCUGGCAGCCAGAAUAUGAUUUUGGAGAGACAUAUGGUUUGUUGGUUACUACACAAGGGUUGCGGAUAGAGUCAGGAGUGGUGUUGAUAUUGCAGAAGGUCAGCGAAAAGAAAGGCAACGUUGAUGUCGAUAACACGUUUAGACGUAUCGGCAUCACAGAUACCGGUACCUAUUGUUAG